AUGAAGAUAGAAGGUAAUGCUCCUGGUGGUGGUGGCGUCAGCAGCAGCGGGCCCCCACAGAGGUACCAGACGCAGCCAACCUACAGACCUUCCCCCGGCCCCUUCAUUCCCAUCCUGGUGGACGAGCGGGAUGGCCCCUACGCUGACGGCACCUACAGUUUCAACUUCGAAACGGGCAACGGCAUCUCCCGCAACGAAAAAGGCUACCCUGGGGGACCUGAGGGCGCUGUAGUGUCCUCUGGUGGCUGGUCCUUCACCUUCCCUGACGGCACCCCCGCUGUCUUCACCUUCGAGGCUGACGGUGAUGGUUACCGCCCCGUCUCCAACCUCAUCCCCACGCCCCACCCUCUGCCCGCCCACGCCAUUGAGCAGAUCGAGUUUGCCCGCCGUAACCCAACCCCAGCCUCCCGCCCCGCCCCCUACCGUCCCUUCUAGACCCCCAGUAGUGCCUCCUUCACCACCUCCUUCAUCGCCUCCUUCGUUACCUUCUUCAGGAGUUAUUUAUUUUACCUUGUUUAUUUGAGUCCAUCCUCCUGCUCCUCCUCCUCCUUUUCCUCGUCCUUCUCUUCUCAGCAGUUACCUCGGUUUUCCUACCUGUAAUUAAGUCCCCCACACCUGUAUACCAGUUGAGUUACCUGUAUAUAUAGGAGUCGCUUGCAGCACGCGUGUCUUAAUUACUCUCAUUAAUGAAGCAAAUGUAAAGAA